ACUGCGAACACUACUCACGAAGAAGGAGAAUUGACGCUAGGCUGGGCUUUAACGAUGAAACAUUACGGUCACUGGAGAUAAACAAGGUCUGCAAACCAGCUUUGACUUCCUCUAGAAAGGACUGAAACACACAGCUGGGUCUUUUGAGCAGGUGUAGUUAACAAAAGAAGCUAUCGUUCGUCUCAACAAUAUCAAUUCUCUCUCUGUCGUUGUAAGAAACUUUUUACAAUAUUUUGGAGUGGAAGCAGGACACAGAAAGGCGUGUCUCAGACAUUUUUCUUUGGAUAAUUCAUUGAAGACAAAUGUUUUUGAGUCAUGGAUCAAGGUGUUGUCGACAGUCCUGUCAUCCUCGUUAUCAAGGCACCGAACCAGAAGUACGAUGACCAGACAAUCAACUGCUACCAGAACUGGACCGUGGAAAAGCUCAAAGCCCACUUGUCUGACGUGUACCCUAGCAAACCAAGCUCCAAAGACCAGAGGCUGGUUUAUUCUGGGAAACUGCUUCUGGAUCACCUCACCUUAAAAGAUGUCCUUCGGAAGCAGGAUGAGUACCAUAUGCUCCAUCUGGUGUGUGCCUCCAGAACCCCUCCCAGCUCCCCGAAGCCGCCCCGCAGCCGCGGUAACAAGCCUCAGGAGAGCGCUGCCGGUCCCACGGUCUCUCAGAGUUCUAAUAGUGCUGGUCAGGAGGCUGCAGGAGAGAGCAGCGAUUGGCUGAGACAGCAGGCUGGAGCCUUCCCCUACCACCACAUGUAUUCACAAUUUAUGCAUAGCUGGAAUCAUCAAAUGACAACAGCCCCCAUAAACACACCUUCCUACUACGCCCCCAUGACUUUGAUAUGGUGGCAGCAGCUGUAUGCAAGACAGUACUAUAUGCACUACCAGUUACUGGCUGCUUCCUCUCAGCUCCUGCGACCCGACCAGCCCUCCGCUCAGUCCAGCCAGUCCGACCCUCUGAGCCAACGGCCGCAGGCAGGUCGCCACGGAAACCCGGAAGUCCAGAUGAACGCUCAGGGAGGGGAGAUCCUGAACGAGGAGGAGCUCAACAGGGAUUGGCUGGACUGGGUGUACACGUUUUCUCGCGCUGCCAUCUUGCUCAGUAUAGUCUACUUCUACUCCUCCUUCAGCCGUUUUGUCAUGGUGAUGAUGGCCAUGCUGGUGCUCUAUCUCCACCAGGCCGGCUGGUUUCCCUUCAACCUGGAAAACGAUCUGCAGCUCCCUGGAGACCGGCCCAAUCAGGAAGAAAUGGAGGCAGAACUACAAAACCAGGACUUGCAGGAAGUGGACGGAGUGAACGAUGACGCCUCAGACGACGACGGGGAGAGCGGAGAGGAAGGAGCGGAGGAUCCCAACAGCGCCCCUAACGCCGGCUUCUUGUCCUCCACAUGGUCCUUCAUCAUUACGUUCUUCAUGUCGCUAAUCCCCGAAGGGCCACAGAACGUUGCUAACUGAACGUCAAGCACCACAUGAGGAAAUGGAGGGUCUUCCUUGUUGAGGGAAACGGUGCAGUGUUGUAGGUUCCCCUGUUGUCUGCCGCCUGAGCUUAAAUGACAAACCCACUUAAAACAAAAAGAGAGAAAGUUGUCAAUGUUUUCGUCCUGAGAGAGGCCAAAAAAUUGUAAGCAUCACAUUAAGCGGGGAGUGGUUUACCUGCUGUGUUCAGAUUUAUCCAGGCAAAUAUAUGUGUUCACAGCACUACACAUCCCGAUCAGAAGCAGCAAUAUUUUGUUUAAGUAGUUUUUUUUAAAGCUGCUUAACUGUGGAAAUGGUGGUUGUAGUGAAAGAAGGAAGUUAAAAAUGGUCACUUUAGUACAGAAGUUUAAUUUCUGUGAUGGAUUAUGGGUAAUGUAGUAUCUGUUGUAUAUUGACAGAGAGAAGCAAGUUUGGUCCGAAGGUUCAAGAAAUGUCGGAGAAAAUUUGUUAUGUUCAGAGAUGUGUGAUUGCUGGCUUCUGGUUUAUUUCUUGACAAAGUUGACUUUAAAACAAUGUAAAAAAAAACAAACAAACAAUAAAGUUGUAUCUUUAAUGGGUAGCAAAAUAUCAGUUUUUUUUUUCAAUGACAGGACAUUUUUUGUAUGAAAAUGUUCCUACAUUUAAAUUAUACACUGCCAAAUGCAAAAUUAAUUUUUUUAAAAUAACUGCUGAUGUUACUACUAACCUGUCAACUAAGAAUUAUAUUCCUGUUUACUAAAACUACUUCUGGUGUAAUGUUGUCUUGUGAUUUAAUGGGUAUGCUUCAUUUUCUCCCAGUUGUCACUAAAUAGGCAACAUGUCAACACA